AUGAAGCCCCCCGGGGCCGUGGGGACGCUGCUGCGCGCGCUCGGCCGCCGCGAUGGCCCCGACACGCCGAGGCCGUCCCCAGCCGCCCCCCACGCGUUCCGCGAGCGGAGCCUGCGCCGGGGGGCGCCCUGCGGGGGCUGCGGGACCCCCCUGGGACCCCACGGGCUCGUGUGCAGAGUUUGCAAAGUCGCCGCCCACAAGAGAUGUGAGAGCAAGGUGACGUCACCGUGCCAACCUCUGCCCCCGCCUGAGCUGAGGCGGAACACGGCCCCGGUGCGGCGCAGCGAGCGCGUGGGCUCCUCGCUCGACAGCGCCCCCCAGCGGAGCACCCUGCCCAGGACCCCCCGCGCCCCCAGCCCCGAGCGGAUCCUGAGCGUGGCCCUGCCGGGGGGCGAGGGGGGGCCCGGGGGGCACCUGCGGCACCUGGCGCGGCUGCUGGGGGCGCGGCACGGCCCCAACUACACCAUUUUCAACCUGGCCGAGAAGCGCCGCGACCUCCCGCGCCUGAACCCCAAAGUGAGGGGGGGUCUGGAUUUCGGGUGGCCGGAGCUGCUCGCGCCCCCCCUGGAGCUGCUCUGCUCCGUCUGCAAAGCGCUCGAGGGGUGUCUGGGGGGGCACCCCCGCAACGUGGCCGUGCUGCUCUGCAAGGGCAGCAAGGCCCCGGUCGGGGUGGUCGGGGCGUUUCUGCACUACAGCGACGUGUGGGGCAGCCCCGAGCAGGCGCUGAACGCACUGAGCAUGAGGAGAUUCUGCGAGGAGAAAUUGGGGGGGGUCCUGCAGCCCUCCCAGCGCAGGUACACGGAGGAUUUUGGGGCGCUGCUCUCGGGGCGGCUCCGCCUGAACAGCUCCCCCCAGUUCCUGCACCACGUCCUGCUGCCCCCCCUGCCCGCCUACGACCCCCCCGACGGUUGCCGCCCCUUCCUCAAGAUCUACCAAUCGCUGCAGCUCGUCUACACCUCGGGGGUCUACCCCCCCGCCUCGCAGUCUCUCUGUGUCACCCUGGAACCAGCGCUGCUGCUCAAGGGCGAUGUGAUGGUGCGCUGUUACCACCGGCGGCGGGGGGGGCGCGAGGCGGUUUUUGGGGUUCAGUUCCACACGGGGACCCUGCGCGGGCCCCGCCUGAGGCUGCGCCGGGACGAGCUGGACCUGGCCUGGCAAGACCAGCGCUUCCCCGACGCCACCGUCGAGUUCAUCUUCUCCUCAGGCCCCGAGAGGGUCGAAGGCUGGGUCGCCCCCCGCGGCCCCCCCGCCACCCCCAUCGAUUAUGGGGUGCGGGACCCCGCAGUGCGGCGCGAUUCCUUUGAGGAGCCCUGGGACAGCCCCGAGGAGCCCUCCCACACCUGGGGUCCCCUGGAUGGCAGCCCCUACGCCCGCGUGCAGAAGAAGGGGGGUCCCUCCUCCCACGGGGGGGACUCUGACUCCCCGCCCCCCCCCGGAGCCCCCCACGGCCGCCCCCCGCCCCCCACGGCCGCCGAGCGCCGGGAGCUGGAGCAGCUGCUGGGGGGGUUCGGCCCCCCUGGGACCCUGACACCCCACGGCUUUCCCACAUCCUGUGGAGCCCCCAAACCCCAGGGCUCCCCCACACCCUAUGACCCCUCAAAGCCCUACGGGACCCUGACACCCCAUGGCCCCCCAGCACCCCAGGGGUCCCCAGCUUCCUACGGGAGCCCGGCGCCCCAUGGCCCCCCAGCAUCCCCCGGGACCCCAAUAUCGCACGGGGUCUCCGCGCCAUAUGGCACCCACAGGACCCCAAUAUGCCGGGGGUCCCCGACAUUCCACGGGACCCCACUUUCCCAGGACACCCUGGUGCCCAACAGCACCUUGGGAUCCCAGGGGACCUUCACAUUCCAGGGCUCGCUGCUGCCCUACAGCCCCCCAGCGUCCCACGGCACCCCAACAUCCCUGGAGACCCCGACUCCGUACGGCACCCCAACAUCCCAGGGGUCCCCAUCGCCCUAUGGGACCCCAAAAUCCUAUGGGACCCCCCCAUCUCACGGAUCCCCAACACCCCAGGGCCCCCACACGCCCCAGAGCCCCCCCCCAGCCCAGAAGUCCCCGGUGUCCUACAGCCCCCCAAUCCCCCACGGGACCCCACUGAUCUACGAGAGCCUGACCCCCUACGGGACCCCGACAUCCCGGGAGAGCCCAGCCCCCCACAGCUCCCCGACAUCCUACAGCCCCCCAAAACCCCACGGCACCCCGGCAUCCCCCGGCCUCCCCAUGUCCCACAUCACCCCGAUAUCCGAGGGACUCCCAGCCCCCCCCCAUGUCCCACGGGCCCCCCGCAUCCCUGAGCCCCCCGGGAGCCCACGGGACCCCCUCAGUGCACAGCCCCCCCGCACCCCACGGCAUGGCAGCGCCCCAGAGCCCCCCCUCAGUGCACAGCCCCCCCGCACCCCACGGCAUGGCAGCGCCCCAGAGCCCCCCCUCAGUGCACAGCCCCCCCGCACCCCCACGGCAUGGCAGCGCCCCAGAGCCCCCCUCAGUGCACAGCCCCCCGCACCCCACGGCAUGGCAGCGCCCCAGAGCCCCCCCUCAGUGCACAGCCCCCCCGCACCCCACGGCAUGGCAGCGCCCCAGAGCCCCCCCUCACCUGGACCCCCCCGUGGCCCCCCCCUGUGCCGCCGGGCCAGCCUGGCCUCCUCCCGGGACCCCCCCAAACGGGGGGUGCAGCGCUCGCUGUCCGAGGGGUUCCCCCCGUGGGGGAGCUACGGGCGCCCCGUGGCGGGGGGGACUGCCAGGGCUGGGGGGGCAUCUCCCCGCUGCCCACCCGCCCCGUUUACGGCGGCCAUGGCUGGGGGGACCCCCCCGCGCCGCCUCCGGAGCCCCCAAAUUGCCCCCACUGCGGCCGCCCGGGGCUGGGAGCGGAGCGGGACCCCCCCCCCCGGAAAAGGGGGCUACGACCCCCCCGCCGUGGGGGAGCCCCAGGAGCCGACAGGACGGCGGAGCCCCAUUGAGGGGACCCCCUGGCCGGGCCCCCCCCGCGCCCCCUCCCCCGGCAGCGGCACCCCCGGUUCCCCCCCGCCCCCGCAGCCGCCCCUGCCCGAGAAGCGGCACCCGCCGGCCCCGGGGGGGCCCCGCGACCCCUCCUCACCCCAGCGCAGCCCGGGGGGGGCCCAGGGAGCCCCCUCGGCGGGGGAGGGGCCGGGCGGGACCCCCCCCGGGGGCACCUUCGUGCAGGACACGAGCAAGUUCUGGUACAAACCGGGGCUGUCCCGGGAGGAAGCCGUGGCGCUGCUCAAGGCGGCCCCGCCCGGCUCGUUCCUCGUCCGCCGCAGCAGCAGCUUCCCGGGGGCCUUCGGGCUGGCGCUCAGGGUGGGGGUCCCGCCCCCCCGCGCCGCCUCCAGAGCGGGGGACCCCCAGGAGCAGCUGGUGCGGCACUUCCUGAUCGAGACGGGCCAGGGCGUCAAAAUCCGGGGGUGCCCCGAGGAGCCCUACUUUGGGAGCCUCCCAGCGCUGGUGCUGCAGCACUCCAUCACCCCCAUCUCACUGCCCUGCACCCUCCGCAUCCCCCACGCAGAGCUGCAGGAGGAGCCCCCGGAGCCGCCGGGACCCCCCAAUGUCAGCACGGCCGGAGCCCUCCUGAGGCAGGGGGCAGCCUGCUCCGUGCUGUUCCUGGGCUCGGUGGGCACCGAGGCCCUGACUGGGCCCCAGGCCGUGGCCAAGGCCGUGGGGUCCCUCCUGGAGGGGCUCCGAGCAGGGGGGUCCCCGCGGCCCCCCCCCAGCCCCGUGCACUUCAAGGUGUCGGUGCAGGGGAUCACCCUGACGGACCGGCAGCGCAAGCUGUUUUUCCGCCGGCACUACCCCGUGAGCAGCGUCACCCACUGCGGCACCGACCCGCAGGAGCGCCGGUGGGCAAACCCCGACGGGACCACGGCCAGGAUUUUCGGGUUCGUGGCGAAGCAGGCGGGGGCCCCGGGGGGGGGCAAUGCGUGCCACGUGUUCGCGGAGCUGGACCCCGAGCAGCCAGCGGGGGCCAUCGUCACCUUCGUCACCAAAGUGCUGCUGGGGACGCGGCACUGAGGGACACCGGGGACCGCCCUUGCACCCCA